UAUUGACUUAUCAGGCAUUAGUCCAUGCACAGGAGAUUCAAGGUAAACAACAAAAUCCCUGCCUUCAUGGGGAGUUUACAGUGCCAUGAGGAGAAAAAGACACUUCAUAUUAUAUUAGGUGACUAGGGUAGAAGGAUAGGAAGUGUAAUAAGGUAACUAGGGAAGGCCUCACUGAGAAAAUGACAUGUGAGUGAAGACAUGUAGGGCCAGCCACUGGGAUCUCUCCAAGAAGAGGGAACAGCCAGGACAAAAACCCUGUAGUGGGGCCAUGUCUGGUGGAGUUGGGUGCCUACAACUGAAGGAGCCAAGGAAAAUAAUAGGAAAUAGAAAGAUAAGAAAUAAGAGGACCGACUAUAUAAAACCUUGGUAAGGCCUUUGGCCUUUAAUUAUGGGCUAAAUUUUGAGCCAAAGAGUUUAUAUUUCAACAGGGUCCAAUUGCCCACUGUAUUGGGGAGGGAACAAGGGACCACCUAGCAGACUAUUUCAGUAAUCCAGGCAAAGAUGAUGGGGCUCUGACCGAUCUGGAAUGAGAACUGGUUGAAUUCUAUAUGUAUUUGCAAAUAGAACCAAAGGGAACGAUUCAUUGUGAGGUAUGAUAAAGAGAAUAAUCAGCGUUGAUCACACGUUUUUUGACCUGUGCAACUGUGAGAAUGGACUGGCUGCGAUGAGGAAGGGCCUAGAGUGGAACAAGUUGGCAGCGAGGCAGCAACUGGAGUUUGUUCGUCUGCCAUCCAUGUUUGCUCACCGACCCGGCCUUGUCACGGUGGACAGUGGCAGGAAAACUCCCGCCCCCAGCGUGCCCUGCGCGCCGGCCAGCACGCUCAGGGGUGGGGCCUGCGCGCGCAUGCGGGGUAGCGGAACGCUCUCUGUACGGCAAGGCGGUCACUUCGAGCGUGAUAGUUUGCUCUCUGAAGGGAGUGAGGGCGGUUAGGUGCUUCUGGCCACUUUCCCUUCCCCGGUUAAAUUAAAAAUACCUUUUGGAAAUAAGUUACUAGAUGCUGUUUGUUUGGUACCUAACAAGAACUUAAAAUAUGGAAUAAUUCUUACACAUGGAGCAUCAGGAGAUAUGAAUCUUCCUCAUUUGAUGUCACUGGCAUCCCAUCUUGCAUCUCAUGGGUUUUUUUGCCUGAGAUUUACCUGUAAAGGCCUUAAUAUUGUACAUAGAAUUAAGGCAUAUAAAUCAGUUUUGAGUUACCUAAAGACCUCAGGAGAAUACAAACUUGCCGGUGUUUUCCUUGGAGGUCGUUCAAUGGGCUCAAGAGCAGCUGCUUCUGUAAUGUGUCAUAUUGAGCCAGAUGAUGAUGAUGAUUUUGUUCGAGGUCUCAUUUGUAUUUCUUAUCCACUGCACCAUCCAAAGCAGCAGCAUAAACUUAGAGAUGAAGAUCUCUUUCGUAUAAAAUACCCUGUACUAUUUGUGUCAGGCUCAGCAGAUGAAAUGUGUGAAAAGAACUUGUUGGAGAAAGUGGCACAGAAAAUGCAAGCUCCUAAUAAAAUCCACUGGAUUGACAAGGCAAAUCAUUCCAUGGCAGUAAAAGGACGGUCAACAAAUGAUGUUUUCAAAGAAAUAAAUACACAGAUUUUGUAUUGGAUCCAGGAAAUCACUGAAAUGAACAAGAAAUAAUUGUCUUUAGUUAAAAGCCAUGUUAUUUUGAAUACAAAUAUAGUUAAUUUGAUAAAGAACAGCAUAAAUCUCAGCAUUAUGAGAUAUAUUUCUGACUAAUUUAAUGUUCUUUAGUGUUCCCUGAUUUUUAAUACAUGUUUUAAUUGUGAAAUGGACGUCUUUUACAACAUGUCUUUUGAAAGCAUAAAGCAUAGUUCUAUAAAGAUGAUGCACGAAUAUUGAAGAUGGUCUAAAUAUAAUUUAUUUUCAUUAAUAUAGUUAAGUUUUGAAAAAAAAUAAACUUUGGAAUUUUGUUACAGUGUAAUUUUUGUCUUAUUGCGGUGCAACUGAGAAAGUACUCUAGUGUUCCAGGAGUCAUCUUUAAUAAAGGAAAACAACACUUGUUUUACUAUAGUAAAAUUUAGUCACUAAUUCAGGCCCUCAUCAGUUCUCAUCUGUAUAAUUGCAGUAGCCUAAUUGAGUUUCCUUUUUAUUGUCUUCUUGCUUCAAUAAACCAAUUGAUACCUCCAACUCAAAAACUAUUGGUGGAUCUCCAAAGGUGACUAUUAAGGUAAAAGCCCUUUGUUCAAGGUUCUCCACAAUAGGCCUCGUCAACAUUUUAGUCUCAUUUCCCCUAUGCUCUGAAUCAAUAUACAAUACUCCAGCUACCGUGGACUACGCAGAGUUAUGGAACAAGUCUGUCUCUUCUUCCUGAAACUUUCUUCUUUGUUAGUCUUUGCCUGUUACCAAAUCCUCCUCAUCUUUUAAGGCCCUUAAAUUCUAUUUUUCUUUGUAGCUUUCUUUGUAUUACCCUAACCAAGUAUCCUUCACACCCACAUAGUAUUUUCCUCUUCAUUGUUAAGCGCACUCUGCCUUCUCAUUGUUAUUGACAUAUUUGCU